CCUCUCUCCAGGAGCCUCGGGACUCACCAGUCAGAAACCAUGCUGCGGUGGCUGACCCUCGCUGUCCUCUGGAGCACCACCUGCUGGGCAGAGCAGAUGUAUGGGAAUGGAGGAGGCUGGAAUUUCAAUACCUCUCCAGACUAUGAAAAUGAUAUAACUGGGAUUCGGGUGUCUAUAAGUGUUAUAGGUAUAUUUAAGAGUAUCCAGGUGAGACAUGGAUCCUCCUGGAGUGAAGCACUCGGCGUCUCAGGUGGAAAUUCACAGGAAUUCAUCCUGUGGCCGGGUGAACACAUUAUACAGGUGUAUGGCUCGCAUAAGAUUUACCUCCGGUAUCUGUUCAUAUACACCGACUUUGGGCGCUGGGCCACUUUCGGAAAGGAGGACGGCCAAAGCUUCAUCGUCUACCCCGACCAGCCUGGAAACGUGGUCACAGGACUCUUCGGCCAGUAUAAGCUCCUCGGCAUCACGGGCAUCGGUUUUAAUUGGGGUUAUCCUCGAGUACAGGUGACCACUGAAGCACCACAAAACCAAACAAAAAGUUGAGGGCUCCGGAACCCCAGGGGUGGGGGUGCGGAUCACCCUGCCCAGGUCGUCAGACUGGUGGUGGCUCCAGAAUAGCCACAUCAGGCACUGAAUCAG